AAUCAUUCAAUAUGGCGGCGUUUCUCAGUCGCUACCAGUGUUGACAAUGAUAUAAUUUUAGCCGAUUACAAUCGUUUUAUGUCUUUAACAUCGUCGAAAUGUCUUGUUCUCAUAUAAAUAGUGUUAGGGAAUGUUGAACAUAUGGGAAUAUUGUACCCUGUUGGUCGGGUCUUGCGGAAUGAAGCAAUUUCGGGGUCCAUGCAUUAGUGCACCUGUCAAAGAACAGUGUUUUGGUUCUGGAAUUGAACUUGUUAUCGUCACGUAGGCGCCCCUACCAAAUUUCAGAAAUUUUUUUGUUUUUGAUUGUUUAUAACGUUAAAAAGGAGACAAUAUUCAUAUUUAAAAUGGCUGAUACACGACGACGUGUGAAGUUAUAUAUGCUAAAUGAAGAUCGCCAGUGGGAUGACAGAGGAACUGGUCAUGUUUCAUCUGCUUAUGUUGAGAGACUUCGAGGGAUAUCUCUUCUUGUUCGAUCAGAGACUGAUGGUAAAUAAUGAACUGACUAUAAAUCAUCACAAUAUAGCAUUUACGUUAUAUACUUUUUUAAAAAUUUGGUCAUGUUUGAAGCUGUGCAUGCACUCUGUCAGUCAGUGACUUCAGCUUGUAUACCCAGAAGUUAAGUAAGCCAAAGCAAAGGCCCCCUAGUUUAAGUUAAACUUAAAAUGUAAUGAAGUAACUAUGAACUAGGCUUACUACUGUAUACUCUCAUUUGUUAUAAGUAAUUGUAGACCUGUAUUUCACUAAGCAUGUUUCUUUACUGUAAUUAUAUCAAUUGUUAAAUGAUAGUAAACUCUAGCCUAAUUUAAAUUGUGCAUGUUAAUGUUAGUAAGAUAGGCGAUAGGCAUAGUAAUAGUAAAGACUAAGUUGAUUGACCUAAUACUAUUACAUACAUUUUCUAAAUCAGCAUGAAUUAUUAGCCUGAGGCUUGAUGAACUAAAUCCUUACUGAUAGGGUAACUAAUGCACAGGCUCCACACCUUUUUUUUUGGUCAUGACCCUAUUUUAUAAAAGUGAAAGCAAUGUUAGAGUCUAUAAGCGACCCUGAACUAAAGUGACCUGCAACCCCAAGCCCAAUAACAGUUUUAAAAAAAAAAAAAAAAGAGAUUUUCAGUAGACCUUUUAAUAAAGUUUAAUUAUUUAUAAAAGUGAAAGCAAUGUUAGAGUCUAUAAGCGACCCUGAAAUAAAGUGACCUGCAACCCCAAGCCCAAUAACAGUUUUAAAAAAAAAAAAAAAAGAGAUUUUCAGUAGACCUUUUAAUAAAGUUUAAUUUGUGAUUUUUUUAAUGUGUAAUGAUUUAAAUUGUUAUCAAUGCAAGCUUCAAAAUACAGGGUUGACAUUAUACUUCAUACUGGUGUCAUUAUCAACAUAUUGAGCAACAUACUAAACUAAAACAAACUGUUUUUAAAAAAAAAAUGAUAUAGUUUUUAUUUUGGUUUUCAACUUUAGAGAGAUUUUUGGAAGCAAAGGGGAUGAUUAAGAAAUUAUUACAAUUUUAAGACAUGUUUAAAAUUAAAAGUUUUUUUUAGUUUAUUGUUUCAGCUGGCGACCCCAUGUGACCCCAUAUGGGGUCGCGACCCAUGGGUUCGGAACCUGGGCCUGGGAACUAUUUGCAUUUUUAAGCUAAUAUCAUUUUAUUCAUUAUGAUUGAGUGAGGCCCUUUCAUUUUUACUUAGCUUUUUUUAUGGCCACAUAUAAAGGGCAAUUAAUAUUACUAACAUAUCACCUCAUUCUGACACAAUUUGUACACAGUACAUGGCCAAAAGUAGGUCCACGUAGUAUGAUAACAUUUAUAAUGUUGUAAAAAAAAAAAUUAUACCUUAAUUUGACAUUAAAACUAAAAUAUUUUUUACAUUUAAAAUAUGUUAAAAAGUUUAGUGUCUUAACUUUUGUGAUUGUAUGUUAUUCAAUAGCCCUUUUAAGAGAUAAACAUUUUAUAAGCUACAAAUAAUAAUUUGAGCCAACCUAGUUUAUUAGGUCCCAAAUUAAUAUGCCUAUGCAUUAACGUUUUAAAGUUUAAGUUUGUUUUAGGAUUUUUAUUUUCUAUUACUUAAAUGUAUCGUUUUAUAGUAUAAUCAAAUUAAUAUGCCUAUGCAUUAACGUUUUAAAGUUUAAGUUUGUUUUAGGAUUUUUAUUUUCUAUUACUUAAAUGUAUCGUUUUAUAGUAUAAUCAGCACAGAUUAAAAUUAUUGCAUACAAUUUUCCUGAGAAAAACAUAAAACCUAUUACCAAGCAAAGAUACCGGAAGUAAAUAGCAUCACUAUUCAUUGGCUUUUAACACCAUCAUUAUCUCAUAUAAUUAUUUUUGGGUACUGUAUUGCUUACACUGACAUUAUUUUAUGGGAUUGGAAUGAGCAUGUUAUACACUUUUCAGGAUUGCCCCAGCCAAAACUAGGGAAUUUCACUUUUGGAUAAAUCGGCUUUAGAAGUUAGAACCAGUAUCUACAGUAAUUAGUGGUAGACAAAUACUGGGUCUAGUCAAAAUGGUAUAUGCAUUUUCGUGGUUUUAAAAAUGUUAGCUAAUGUAUUGUUUUUAUUAGGACUACCUGUGCCCUUAAACAUAUAUUACAUAUCAAUACUUAUUUUACAGAGGUUUAAUCUGUUGCAAUUUAAAUGUAUUCUUUAAAUUAAAUAAACAAAUAACCCUUUAGUAUGAUAUUUCUUUUUUGUAAUUUUUACAGGCUCUAUUCUUUUGGAAUCAAAGAUUCAACAAGACACAGCAUAUCAAAAACAACAAGUAGGUGUCUUUUUAAUUUGAGAUGAAAUGCUCUAAAAGCAAAGGCAUGUGUCAAAUAUAGCUUUACAAUUAUUAUUUUUUUUAGUUUCCAAAAAAAAAAUAAUUUAGGCCCUUAAAAGACCUUUGAGUAUAAUAAAUAGUCUUUUAAGAAUGUUCCAGAAGUUAUUGAAAGGAUUUCAACCUACAAUAGCUUCUCACUAAUUAAUGUAAGAAAAAAGUUGGGGUUUCUAAAUUAAAAGCAGCCUGUAUAUAAUUUUUUGUUUUUUAAAAUUUUUUUUUUACUUGUCAUAAUUUCUAUCUAAAUUAUUGCAGGAAACUUUGAUUGUCUGGUCAGAAGCUGACAAUUAUGAUUUAGCACUCAGUUUUCAAGAAAAAGCUGGUUGUGAUGAAAUAUGGGAGAAAAUUUGUCAGGUAAACUUGCCUGACGUUAUAUACUAUUUGUAUUUUUUUUCUGUUGAAGGCUUUCAUCUGAAAAGUCUGCUUUUUUGUUUCAGUUUCUUCAGGUUUUCCCCUGUAUUUGUUAUUUCUUAUUGAUUCGAUCUGAUUGCAGUCCUCUCCAUAUUACAAUAAUUUGUAUUCUGCAUAGUAAAAGGUACAUUAUGACUCCAAAUAAUUUUCAGUUUAUAUAAGAAUUAAAACUCUUUCAUUUUUCAAAUUACAGGUUCAAGGUAAAGAUCCAAGCGUUGAUAUAACACAAGAUGUUGUAGAAGAAUCAGAAGAUGAAAGAUUUGAUGAUAUGCCAGAUGCUGCACCUCCCAUUGAGCUGCCACCAUGUGAGACUAGUAAACUAGAAGAAAUUGCAGAGCUGUUUUCUUCAGUACUGCCUUCCCCUAUACGUAGGGAAAAACUGGCGGUUGCCAUUGAAGCUGAAAGCUAUAUUCGAAAACUUGUAGACCUGUUCCAUAUGUGUGAGGACUUGGAAAACAUAGAUGGACUUCAUCAUUUAUAUGAAAUUUUCAAGAGCAUUUUCCUCCUGAAUAAAAACGCAUUGUUUGAGAUCAUGUUUUCAGAUGAUAUUAUUUUUGACAUUAUUGGUAUCCUAGAGUAUGAUCCAACCUUAUCGACACCAACCAAGCACAGGGAGUAUUUACGUAACACAGCCAAGUUCAAAGAGGUAUACAUUUUAAAGUUUAUAAUACUUUACUGACAAAAAAAACAAUACAAACAAAAUUAAUUAACAUUUCAGCUUUUAAGCUUUGGAGCUUAAUCAAAUCAUUGUGCAUUUGUAUCGGUAAGAUUUUCAUCAUGCUCCUUAUGAUUGUGUUUUAAAAAAUUUAAUGUCCCGGGUAUGUUCGAUGCUGCAAUUUAAUUAAGUUUUAGUGGACAGCUGAUUUUUUAAAUCGCUGAAUGAAUUUAAACCUCUUAACUCCUUAUUGAGAUACAUGCAACCUUACAAUUCUACCUCAGGGAAGUCAUAGCGAUAGUAAUUUAAUAUCUAACUAUUUUGUUUUGAUAAGUUAUCAUAGCUUUCUUUUUAUUGAAUAUAAUUAUUGUCAGGUUGUGCCUAUGACCAAUUCCGAGUUGGAGACCAAAAUCCAUCAGACUUAUCGAGUACAGUACAUUCAAGAUGUAAUUCUCCCCACACCCUCCGUCUUUGAAGAGAACAUGCUAUCUUCUCUCUCAUCAUUCAUCUUUUUUAAUAAAGUGGAAAUAGUCAGUAUGAUUCAGGUUGGUACCUUUUUUAUCCAUCUCUUUCAUAAGCAAUCUUUAUUUUAGCUUCAGUGUUGAAGACACUUUUUCAUUAAAGUAUAUAUUAUCAUACUUUAUUUAUAAAAGUUUGCACUGGUUAAAUAUUAUCUUUUUUAGGAUGAUGUGAAAUUUUUAACAACUUUGUUUGCUCAACUGACUGGUGAAGAAACAGAUGACAAUCAUAGGAGAGACUUGGUUUUAUUCCUAAAAGAAUUCUGUACAUUUUCGCAAACUUUGCAGCAACCAAAUAGAGAAUCAUUUUAUAAGGUACAACAUUAAUGGUGUUUUAUAAUUAACUCAUUUUAUAUUUAUAUGUAAUUGAGACAAAAAUUAAUCUUUAAUGUUAAGGAGCAAACAUUUAAGUUAAAUUUUUUUAGGAACCAACCCACAUGGCAAUAACUUUUUAUCAUUUAUGGUUCACUCUGGGUAACCACAUUUGCUACACUGAUCAAUUAAAAAAAAAAUAUAUAUUAAUUUGCCCCUUUAUAUAAAAAUAUAACUUUUCUGCAUUUCUUUAAAAAGUAUCAUGUGCUUUAUAUAUAAACCUUCAAUGGACAUGUCAAAGGUACAAAGAUACAUUUUAAUUAACAUAGCCAAAGUUUAAUGUUCACAAUAAUAGUAAGAGCAGUUUGAUUUAUCUCAAGCAAUUACCUUAUUUAAUAUCUCACACUUAAACAUUUGAGUAAACUUUAUUACACAUUCUCACAUUUUUUAAUUUUCAAAGUGCAGCCCUAAAGAGUAUUAUUUUCUUGCAUUGUGUUACAAAUCUGAAGUUGUGGCUUAUAAAAUUUUUGAGUUUGAUUGUAUUGUCUAUAUUUUUAAUUUUUCUCUGAGAAUAGUUGCAUAAAAUUUAAAGCUUCAGGAGGCUGGGUGGUAAACAAAUAUAUAAAGUCCUCAGCUUGUAUGCAUUGUAUGUUGUAUUGAGUUAUAAGUCGGUAUAUGUAACCAUCAGUAUCUGUUAAAUAUGCCUCUAAAAGUUUUUUGAAUGGAGUAACUUAAAUCCUGUUGCAUUAAAAAAACAAAUUAAUAAUUGAAAGGUAAAGCUAAUUCAAAAUAUAAAACAUAAAACACAUACUAUGAAGUACAAUUUAGUCCCCUUGCACAGAAAUGAAAUUUCCCUACAGAAAUCGAAUGUUUGCAAGAAUUUCCCUAUAAUGACUAAAUUAAUUUGAUCUAUCAAAUAAAUGUAGAUUUCUAUAAUAUUUUUUACAUUUUAUUAUUACAGACUUUAUCAAAUCUUGGAAUAUUGUCAUCCAUAGAAAUCAUCUUGGUAUGUGCAUUCAUUUAUGUGUGUUCUUGUUGCCACUCUUCUGCAGUAUAAACAAAAAAAUCACCAUUAUAUAAACAUAAAUAUUCUGCUUUUGUAUAGAUAAUUUUAUACAUGGUAUAGUGAUUAUCAGAAAGUAAUUUUUAUUUAUGAUAGGUUCAUACUUUCAUGCAUUUAUUGUCUUUUGUUUUUGGUAGAGGAAUCUUGUUAUUUAAACAUAUUUAGAAAACGGUAGGUAAAUAACUGUUACAUUAUAUUCUAACUAUGCCUUUCUUUCUAUUUAAAAAUAUAUGUUUUUAUCUAGGGUUUGGAUGAUGAGAGAAUGAAGUUAGCUGCUAUUGACAUCUUCUCAUACAUUGUUGAGUUUAGUCCGUCCAUGGUUCGAGAAUUCAUUCUUCAUGAAAGCAUAAGUGUAGAUGAUGUAAGUAAAAAUGAUUUGAUUUUUUAAUGUUCUAAAUAUACUAAUUUUUCUUAAAAUAAAAGUAGAAUAUUCAAGUUUGAACUAGAACUAUAUAGUCUAUGGAAACAAAAAUAUUGUUAACUGAUUUGCAGAAUAGAUAAUUAAUUAUAAAAUAAAAUAACUGAUUUUACCUUUUCUUGCUCGAAUCUCUAUACUAAGCUAAACUCUUAAUAUUCUUUAUAUGUUUGCUGACUUUGUUAAAAUAACACAUUGAUUCUAUAAUAUAUAUAUGCUAUUCUACAAGAACUCAUUUUUUUUAAUAGGAGGAUCUUUUGAUAAACCUAGUCAUAGAGCAGAUGAUUAAUGACACAGAUCCAGGUAGGCAUCUUAAUUAAUGGUGUAAUUAAUUAAAUGGGUAACAUUUUUUGUUAAAAUUUAAAAAAAAUUUUGCUAUCACUUGCGUAUAAGGAUCUUAAUUUAUGUCUUCGCUUUAUAUUUCAAGCAGCAUUUUAAAAAAAUGCUCUCAAAAAGUGGCUUUAAAAUUCUGUAGUUACAAAAUUGAAUAUCAGCACCAUAACACAAAGAUUUUAAUGACAUUCAAUGAACCUUUUUAAAAAGAAAAAAAGGUACCUUUUAGACUAUAUAUAUAUUUUUUUGAAAAUAUUUUAUAUUUUCUCAAUUUUUUCCUCAUGUUUGUACGCAUGUUUUCUAUGUUCAGUGACUUUUCCAAAAUUUUGUUUUCAGAAUUAGGUGGGGCAGUACAGUUGAUAGGAAUUCUGCGUUUACUUCUUGAUCCAGAAAAUAUGCUUGCUACUGCAAGUGUGAGUAUCUAUCCUAUAUUGUGAUUCUUCGCUUAAAACUGUUUGCUAUGACUUUUUUUAUUUUUAAUAAAAUAAGCAUAUUUAUCAAAAUUUGCAUUUUGUCCUACAGAAAACUGAAAAGUCAGAGUUCCUUAGCUUUUUCUACAAACACAGCAUGCAUGUAUUAACAGCCCCCCUAUUUGCCAACACUGCCGAUAAUAAACCUAGCCGAGGUGAGUUUAGUUUUCCGAUGUACUGAUAAUGUUUUUCAAUCUCACCUAUGAUUAUUAAUUUAAUUUAUUUUCUGAGCACAAUAGAAAUUAUCAACCAUAUGAUUAGCUAUUCCAAUGUUAGUUAUUUCUUUGGUUAAAAGGGUUUAUUUUAGAUGUACAUCACAUGAGAUCAUUUUAAUAUGAAGUACACAAUUAUUACUAAAAUAAAUUUUGGUGAAUUAACCUGUAAAUGAAUACAUUAAUAGUUAAUAAAUUACUUUGGUUCCAGAUGACUACCAAAGUGCUCAACUUUUGGGUCUAAUUUUGGAGCUACUGACUUUCUGCGUCGAGCAUCAUACAUACCACAUAAAAAACUACAUCAUCACUAAAGAUGUGUUGCGGCGAGUUCUUGUCUUGCUGAAGUCUCGACAUGCUUUCCUAGUUCUUUGUGAGUAG